UUUCACUAGCAAUGGCCAGCAAGAAAUUUUAUUGGACAGACGGUGUGGAUGUUUUCAAUGAGGAGUACCACGCGGCCAGCCGAAGCUAUUUCCACAACACCAUACCGCAACAGACUAGCGAAUUCUACAAGAAAGUCUUCAUCAAUUUGCAGAGUUCCCAGCCUUGGCCAACUCCAAUCAAUCCGCCUACGAACGUGCAAGCUAUAUUCGGAAGAAAUAUCGCCAAAACAAGAUGGCAACCACCUCAUUUGGUUGGUCUACAAGGGAAGGGAGCAUGGCAGAAUUGGUCCUACGAGAUAUCACUGAAAGAAAUCAACUCUGAAGAGAUCAUCAUCCAUAAAAACAUCAACGACACAUUCUUCACGAUCACCAACUUGAAAGAGAACACCGAGUACAUCCUGAGAGUAGCAGCUUAUACAAACUCUGGAAGGGGUCCUUGGUCAUCUGGGUUCAAGGGAACAACUCUGAAUGCCUCCAAAACUCCUAUACUGAUUUGGUCAGCUACUGAUGGUCUUCUCCAAUCGAACGCCGCUGGAGAAAAUGUAGAAGUGCUCAUAGACAAGAGCGAAAUGAAGGAUCUUCACUUCGUGGACAUUGCUGGGUACAAGGAUCGGAUAUUCUUGGUUGCGAAUACUUCCCAAGUGUACUGGUACAACUUCACUACUCGUGCUCAUGACCGUUUGGCGAAGUUAGACUCUGUUGGGAGCAUUGCUGUGGACUGGAUUGGGAUGAAGCUGUACUGGUCGAAUCCCAAACAGCAGAUGAUUAUACGCAGUAGUCUCGACGGAACCGACCAAGAACCGCUUCUGACAGUAUUAGCGAAGGAACUCAACAUUGAUUCCGUAAAAGCGUAUCUUUAUUGGACGACUGGUAUAAAAGUUGAAUGUGCCCGACUAAAUGGCGUAGAAAGAUACGAAUACCACGAUGUGGAAUAUUUCUCUGGAAAACAAGUAAUGGGUCUGACUCUUAACCUAGAACAAAAAUUUGUUUACUGGAUAGUAAGAGGUUCUGACGGAUCUCAUCUCUACAAAGGUCCAAUGAAAGGUUACUGGGAUGACAAAAUACCUGAUAUCGAAAAAGUAUCCAGUUUGCAGAAACCCGACAUCCAGGGCCCCCUCUGCUAUUUCCACAAGAGGUUGCUGUGGCUUCAAGAUGGAAAAAACGCAGCGAUUAGUGAUUUGGCUGGUAAAAAUAUCGCCACCGUAAGCGGAAAACAAAUGCAGGGUCUCAAUUUGGUUCAUGUCGUGGAUUCUUUUCUAGAUACUCUUCCAGAUGAUACCGACCCUUGGCUUCAGGUAAAUGUAUUGCCAGAAAAAGUGAACAAUAACUCUGUGGAAGUGGUGGGAUCUUCUGAUUCCUUCAACGUUACGUGGAACCCCGUCAAGAAUGUCAACUACGGCCAAGUUUUCUACGAAGUUCAAAUCGACGACAGCACAAGAAUCGACGGUUUUACG